AUGAUUUUGCAUGCAUUACCACUUGAACCUACAACACUUACUCUCAGCAGGUACAUAGCCUAUACAUCUCAGUAUAUCUCAUCCAGCUCAAAAUACUUGACUGGAGUCUGUCACUUUCUAAAAGACCUCUAUUCUGACUUUGACACAAAUCAGAGACACCUCAUGGUACAAGCAACCACCUAUGGCUCAAAGAAGAUGAGUGGUAAUCCUAUGUUUCAAAAACUACCCCUCCAAUUAUCCCAUUUGAUUGCUUUUUGUUUUCUUGCUAACAUUUCAGGUUCUUACAAUGACCUCCUCUUUGCCACCAUCCUUUCUUGCUGCUUUUAUGGGUACUGCCAGUCAGGUGAGCUCAUAUGGAAAAAUGACAAACAACUUCAGGACUUUUGCAAAAUAAUCAAACAUUCUUUGUUUGUCCUCCAAAAGAAUGAUGCACAAUACCACAUUCCCUACAACAAAUCUGACCCUUUCUAUCAUGGCACUGACAUUCUACUCAUAUAA